UGAACCACAUCACAAAAAUAGAGGCAGACCUUGCUUCACGAGCAAGCUCAUCUGUGGAACAAACCGGCAACGCACCUCUGCUGGUGUUCAUCAGAACAAACACCAUGGCAGAGUAUGAUCACUAUGAAGAUAAUGGGUUCUUCAACAGUUUCAAUGACAGCAGCCAGGAGGAGCAUCAGGACUUCCUGCAGUUCAGCAAGGUCUUUCUGCCCUGCAUGUAUCUGGUGGUGUUUGUCUGUGGCCUGGUGGGGAACUCCCUGGUGCUGGUCAUAUCCAUCUUCUACCAUAAGCUACAGAGCCUGACGGACGUGUUCCUGGUGAACCUACCCCUGGCUGACCUGGUGUUUGUCUGCACUCUGCCCUUCUGGGCCUAUGCAGGCAUCCAUGAAUGGAUCUUUGGCCAGGUCAUGUGCAAGACCCUACUGGGUAUCUACACUAUUAACUUCUACACAUCUAUGCUCAUCCUCACCUGCAUCACUGUGGAUCGUUUCAUUGUAGUGGUUAAGGCCACCAAGGCCUAUAACCAGCAAGCCAAGAGGAUGACUUGGGGCAAGGUCAUCUGCUUGCUCAUCUGGGUGAUAUCCCUGCUGGUUUCCUUGCCCCAAAUUAUCUAUGGCAAUGUCUUUAAUCUGGACAAGCUCAUAUGUGGUUAUCAUGAUGAGGAGAUUUCCACUGUGGUUCUUGCCACCCAGAUGACACUGGGGUUCUUCUUGCCACUGCUCGCCAUGAUUGUCUGCUAUUCAGUCAUAAUCAAAACACUGCUUCAUGCUGGAGGCUUCCAGAAGCACAGAUCUCUAAAGAUCAUCUUCCUGGUGAUGGCUGUGUUCCUGCUGACCCAGACGCCCUUCAACCUCGUGAAGCUCAUCCGCAGCACACACUGGGAGUACUAUGCCAUGACCAGCUUUCACUACACCAUCAUAGUGACAGAGGCCAUCGCAUACCUGAGGGCCUGCCUUAACCCUGUGCUCUAUGCGUUUGUCAGCCUGAAGUUUCGAAAGAACUUCUGGAAACUUGUGAAGGACAUUGGCUGUCUCCCUUACCUUGGGGUCUCACAUCAAUGGAAAUCUUCUGAGGACAAUUCCAAGACUUUUUCUGCCUCCCACAAUGUGGAGGCCACCAGCAUGUUCCAGCUAUAGGCCUUGCCAGCAUUUCGAGAAGCUGCUCUGGAAUUUGCAAGGCAUGGUUGUGUCCUCUUAUGUGGUGAGGCAGGCUUUGUUUAUAGUUUGCGCAUUCUCAUGGAAAAGUUAUCAGACACUCUGGUUUGGAAUGCUUCUUCUCAGGCAUGAACAUGUACUGUUCUCUUCUUGAACACUCAUGCCGAAAGCCCAAGUAGGGGGUCUAAAAUUUUUAAGGACUUUCCUUCCUCCAUCUCCAAGAAUGCUGAAAUCCAGGGGGAUGACAUGUGACUUCUAUGAUCUCAGGUUCUCCUUGAUUGGGACUGGGGCUGAAGGUUGAAGAGGUGAGCACAGCCAACAAAGCUGUUGGUGGUAGGUAGCACGCUGGGUGCCCAAGCUCAGAAGGCUCUUCUGACUACUGGGCAAACAGUGGAGAUCAGAGCAGCCAUGGAAACAAAUGCUGGCACCACCAGGCACCUAACAGAAAUGAGAUCAGGCUCUGCCUCACCUUAGGGCUUGACUUUUGUAUAGGUAGAUGUUCAGAUUGCUUUGAUUAGUCCAGAAUAACUAGCACCAGGGACUAUGAAUGGGCAAAAUCAAAUUAGAAUAGGCUGAGAAUUCCAGUGGUCCAUGGAAUGCUUGAAAAAUGUGGAAAACGGCAUUUAAGACUGUAAUGAAUCUAAGUAGCAUUUCUGAAGUGGACUCUUUAGUGGCUUUGCUCAUUUAAAAAUGAAAUUUUCCAAUGUCUGCCAUAUAAACAUAUGUAAAUGUAUAUACACACACAUAUACACAUAUGCUGUAUAUUACUAGCAUAUGAGUUUCAUAGCUAAGAAAUAAAACUUUUAAAGUCUCCAAA